AUGACAACUAGUCUCAAGACUACCCUGCGGUCUCCAUUCCAUGAUGACCAGACGAGUGACAGCAAUAGAAUCGAACUUUAUACAUUGGAUGCGACCCCGGAAGAGAAUGAAAUCGCGGCGCUCAAUACUAUUCCGCCAACAAAUUUUGUACCUUUGUGGAAACUGAAGCAGUGGCCUCGAGCAGUAUUCUGUCCAGCUUGUCGAGAACUAUCCAUCACAAGGGUUGAGCGGAAGAUUUGCGGCGGGACACAUGCUAUGGCAGCAUUGAUGUUUGCGUGUACAAUCCUUGGUGGCCCUCUUGCAUACAUUGGAAAACAAUGGAAGAACGUAGAGCAUUAUUGCUGCAGAUGUGACCGACGAUUGGCUACAUGGCAUUUCAGUUCUGGUACAGAGAUACAUGUAUGGUAG